AUGAUUAGUACCACAACAAAAGGGAAAAACUGGCCCGAGACACUCCCAUUUUUGGCUUUUGCAUAUAAUACAUCAUUCAAUGCACAAAUUGGGGAAACACCGUUUGUUGUGGUUCAUGGAUGGCACGCGCGAUUGCCUUCUGAAAAUUUGCUAAAUAAGCCAACUAAUGAUUAUGAAAAUAUAGGCACAUAUACAAAAGAAUUAAAAGAAAAAAUACAGGAUGUACAUGAAAAAGUAAAAAUUAAAUUGCAAGCGAAUGUAGAGCGAAUGAGAAAUCAGCAGAAAGUUAUAAAGAUUGUUGAGUGGAAAGAAGGGGAUCUGGUGUUGACGAAGAGAGAGGAUAAAGGAGGCAAAUUUGAUCACAAGUUCCAAGGCCCUUACAAAAUAAUUAAAGUUGAGAAACCGAACCUAAUCCUUGAAGACCCCGAUAGUGGAGAAAGGAAAACUGUGCACAUGGACAAAUGUAAAAUAUAUAAUUCUGAAAGAAACGAAGAGAGCGGCGCGCCCUUUGAAAGCUCUUCGGGAAGCGAGAACCCUAUUGACCCACCUCAAAUAAAUUUCAUAAAUUUUGAAGGAUUUUCUUAA